CCUCGCCGGCCAUGAGGCCCAGCCGGCGCCCGAGCGCGGCUCCGCGUCGCGGCUGCUGAAGCGCCGCCUCGCCGAGCCGCCGCCACCACCAUCGCCCGCUCCGCCAUCCCCUCCCCGCCCGGCUGCGGAUCCCCCCUUCGCUCCCCUCCCUCCUCGCGGCCGCCGCCGCCGCCAUGUUGGGCCGCGAGCCGCAGCGGGGCCGCCACUGAGCCCCCGGAGCUGCCCGGCGCGGGAGGAGGCGGCGGAGGAGGAGCGCGGGGCCCGGCCGGCCGCCGCAGCCAUGGCGGAGCAGACGUACUCGUGGGCGUAUUCCCUCGUGGACUCCAGUCAAGUUUCUACUUUCCUGAUUUCCAUUCUCCUCAUAGUCUAUGGUAGUUUCAGGUCUCUCAACAUGGACUUUGAGAAUCAAGACAAAGAGAAGGACAACAGCAGCACGGCUGGGUCUUUUAACGGCAACAGCACCAAUAACAGUAAGGGUAUUCAAACCAUCGAUUCCACGCAGGCGUUGUUCCUGCCCAUCGGAGCGUCUGUGUCUCUCCUUGUUAUGUUCUUCUUCUUCGACUCAGUUCAAGUUGUCUUCACAAUCUGCACAGCAGUCCUUGCAACAAUAGCUUUUGCUUUCCUUUUGCUCCCGAUGUGCCAGUACUUAACAAGGCCUUGUUCGCCUCAAAACAAGAUUUCCUUUGGCUGCUGCGGGCGUUUCACUGCUGCUGAGUUGCUUUCCUUUUCACUGUCUGUGAUGCUUGUGCUCAUCUGGGUCCUAACUGGCCACUGGCUCCUCAUGGAUGCUCUGGCUAUGGGCCUGUGUGUUGCAAUGAUAGCCUUUGUCCGGCUCCCGAGCCUGAAGGUUUCCUGCUUGCUGCUCUCUGGGUUACUAAUUUAUGAUGUCUUUUGGGUCUUCUUUUCUGCAUACAUCUUUAACAGCAAUGUGAUGGUGAAAGUGGCCACACAACCUGCUGAUAAUCCCCUCGACGUUUUAUCCCGGAAACUUCACCUGGGACCAAACGUGGGCAGAGAUGUUCCCCGUCUGUCGCUGCCUGGCAAACUUGUAUUUCCAAGUUCCACGGGCAGCCACUUCUCUAUGCUGGGGAUUGGAGAUAUUGUGAUGCCAGGUCUUCUGCUCUGCUUCGUCCUGCGCUACGAUAACUACAAAAAACAAGCCAACAGCGAUUCCUGUGGUGCCCCAGGACCAGGGAACAUCUCUGGACGUAUGCAGAAGGUCUCUUACUUUCACUGCACACUCAUUGGAUAUUUUGUAGGCCUAUUAACUGCAACAGUAGCCUCUCGUAUUCACCGGGCAGCCCAGCCUGCCCUCCUGUAUUUGGUACCUUUCACCUUAUUGCCGCUCCUCACCAUGGCAUAUUUAAAGGGCGAUCUACGCCGCAUGUGGUCUGAGCCUUUCCACUCUAAGUCCAGCAGCUCCCGUUUCCUGGAAGUAUGAUGGAGCAGUGACCUGAACUUCUGCACUGGUCCCUUUCACUUUAUCUUGUGGCUUUGUCAUCUCCUGAAGCUGGACUGGCUGCCAGGUACUUGGGAAGGUACCAACUACAGGACUUGUAUGAAAGAAUUGAAAGGAAGGGAAGGAAAAAAGCUAAGGUGUUCCGGAGCUCCGUCUCAUCGCCCCGCAGAUGUGGAACUGGGGACCCUUCGUGCAACUGCAGCCACUUUCCUCUUUUCCUCACUCUGAUGGAUCAGUAGCAGACUGUUACCUACGUGAGAGAGGAAGAGACAGACUUGAAACUGAAAACGGCUUGAAGUCGUUCAAAAACUCGUGAACACUAAGAGAAAAAAAACAGUUAGGCAAACUGAAGCUUCUUCAGCGAACCCUCAUAUGCAUUGGGACCAGUUUCCUGUCGGACUUCAGUUUUGAAAAGAACUGAGACAGAAGGUCUUCUGUCACAAUAUUGGGGUUUUUGUUUUGGUUUGUUUUUGGUUUUUGUUUUUUUUUUGAUUUAUUAAAUAUUUCCUGUGGUGUGAGGUUACUUAUUAAAUCCACAGACAUUGAGUGACUUCUUGCAGUAUACAUAUAAAGAUUUGUUGUAACAAGUUACAUUUCCACGCAGAUGUCAUGUUGCAGUGAAAAAGGGCACGAUUUUUAUACAUAUAUAUAUACACACACAUAUAGAUAUAUAUAUGAAUAAACAAAAAGGAAAACCUGCUAAGAUCAUGCUAUGUAGCAGACAGGGGCUUGCUGUAAUUUUUAGCAUGUAGAGCAGUUUACUCUGGCUUUCUUGUAUAUGAAUCUACAAUGAGCUGCUGUUUUUCUCCCCCGUCCUGAAACCAAACCUGCAGUUUGACAACAUGUAGUCUUUGUACCGACUGUACUCAUGGACUUCAGGGGAUAUUUGAUUUUGAUCAAUGUAGCAAACUAGGGAAGCAAAACGUUGAAACCUGACCCUGUUUGUUUCAGGGGGGAGGGAUGGGAAGGGUGUCUUUUUUUUUUCUUCCUUUUUUACAAACAGCUCCCUUGCAGGUUUUUAGUAGUUCCUUCCUGACCCGGUGCAUGUAUUAUAGCAGCAAUUGUCUUUGUGCUUUCUGAUCAUAGUAAUGUAUCACUUGUAAAUACAUUUUUUCUAUUUUCUA